GACUGGUUACGGGAUCUGCAGGCGGCAGCCAUGGCCGCUCAAAUAAACGAAAAGAGAAAGAGUGAUACAGUUUGUAGCCAAUGGAGUAUUCUUCAGUCACAGAGUUGAAUGAGGUAUCACAGAGAGAUUGGUGAAGAUGGAUAUUCCGGUGUUGAAAUUAGGGUUACGCCAGUGACGACGGAGAUCAGAAUCACUAACCAGGGCCACACUCGCAUUCAAAGUGUUCUUGGUUAUUUUUAGUGUAAAGCUCGGUGCUCAGCAUGCUAAGUCCAUGAAGUUUUAAUAAGGAUGGUUGCAUGAUAUCAUCGUGAACCUGUCAACGAAUUGUUUGACUCAGCCAUCCAACAUGUGCCACUUAGACAGGGUGUUCUUGGCGUCAUGUUCAAGAUCGUGCUUGAAUGGGAUCCUAAGCAAAACAUGACCGCCGGAUCUGGUGUCCACCCAACAAAGAAGGGAGUACGGUUGUACCACCCUAUUAGAAACUGACAUAGAGGUUCCAGCAGGCAGCAGCUUAGUUAGUUGGUUUCUUUGAUGUUACAGAAUAUUCAUCGCAAUUGAUUAUAUUCACAUUAUAAUUGAUUGAUAUAAUUAGAUUAAUUAAUUUUGUAUAAUAAAAUAUUUUCUUAUACAUCCCUAUAAAUAUGAACUUUGUUU